AUGCGCUCUCUAUUUCUCACGCCUUUCGCCAUUGCCGUAGCAUCUGCGGCGACCCUGGUUGACCGCCAAUCAACUUCAACUUGCGAAUGCGGGUACAAGGAUUCAACUGGCGCGGUUUGGCGAGAGGCGAUUGUCUCGGACUUUACGACUGCGGCUGGGGCAGAGGCCGUGCUAAGCCAGAAUUUCAAGAAGUUCGAUUAUCCAGAAGCGCAUGACGACGGAAUAUAUGAGAUGAACUACAACGUUAACAAUGUUUACCCAUAUAACUAUGGCCUCGGGUUGAAGACAUCUGCGUACUCUGGCUCUGGCUUGGUCCAGACGGCAGGUAUUAGUACUCUCCGUGACAACAUCAAGUAUGGUAGUUUUAGGAUGAGGGCAACAGUUCCAAACGUCCCUGGCGUGUGUUUUGGAUUCUUUACAUACAAGCACGACGAGGUACCUCCUCAGGAAGCAGAUAUUGAAUUCUUGAGCUCGGAUCAGGACUACUACCAAAGGGUUCACCAUACCAACCAACCUGGGACCAUCGAUGGUGAUGUUGACCCCAAUGCAUCCAAGUCCAUCGUGAUUCCAGGAGCGGACUUUACUGCCUUUCAUGAGCAUAGGCUUGAUUGGCUCCCAUCCUCUUCGAAAUAUUACUACGAUGGCACCUUGAAGUCGACUGUCUCCAAAAAUUCGCCAACCAAGGAUUCUUCCCUCAUUGUCAACGUUUGGUCGGAUGGCGGUCCAUUGUGGUCUCGCGGGCCUCCAACAGAGGAUGCUAUUGCCACCAUCUACUAUAUCAAGGUUAGAGGCUUAUUUCAAUUCGUCUUCGAUCUCAGAAAGCACCUUCAACUCGCGCUGUGCAGCCGCCGCAAACAAGACACCAUGUCCAGUUUGAGAUCAUUUGACUGGGAAACUUUACCGUCCGAAGUUGUCUACAUUCCGAUUAUGCAAGCUCACUCGGAAGUACGGUCACGUAUAUCCGGAUUCUGGGCCACAUUCUGGCUCGACACAAUACACAUGACGUUUGCCAGAUUACGCCUAAUCUAUCCACUCCCAAUACCGAUCAACAAAAUGACUAUGACUGAAACAACAAACCCCUACAACCUCCGGCCCUUUAAAGUCCAUGUCCCAGAUGAGGAAAUCGAGAGGACAAAGACACUUCUUCGAAUGCGACGACUUCCUACUGAGCCGAUCAUCCUGGAAUCACAGCCGACAACGGAACACAGCAUUCUUGGAUGCACGAAGCGAAACGUCGUCUUUUGGACUUUGACUGGCGCUCAGUGGAAGACAGGCAACUCAAGAGUACAUCCAGGUCCACAAUUCCGCUACUUCUGCUUCAUGGCUGGCCAAGUAGUAUUCUCGAGUAUCUCGAGUUAUCGAACCCUUGGUGAAUGCCCGGAUGGACAACAAUCAUUCGACGUAAUCAUUCCAUCCCUUCCCGGAGUCGGUUACUCGACGCUUCUACCAAAGCCGGGAGCCACUGUUGUCGACAAUGCUCGUAUAUUUGAUACCUUGAUGACAAAGGCAUUAGGACCAACCAUUCACCACGUUGAAGCUCGCGUAAGUCGGGGUUCCGCUCAUAACCCGUCAUUCUUCGCCCCGAGGCCGGACGAUGCCAUUGAAGAUGUCUGGAAUGGGGUAUUUCUUGAUCCAAUCGAGCCGGUCUCUACCCUUGGCUUCGUGAUGUAUGAUAAUCCGCAGGCAUAUUUAGCAUGGCUGGGGUAUAAAUAUAUUAAAACAUUGGAGUGGGCCAAUUACCUGAAGAAUCCCACCAAUCAUACAUGGAUGCAAUACACCGGGACCAUCCACACGUCAAUGGCAAUGUAUCAACAUAAUGGGAUCCAAUAUGGUAUCGAAGAAUGGAAAAAGAACCCUCCCAAUCAAUCACCUUUUGGCAUUCAACACUUCGAGGGCGAAUUUUACCUCGCCCCCCAGUCAUGGAUCAAGAACCAUGGCCCUAUGAUAUGGCAUCAAUCAGGCCUGAAUCUACCAUUUCAUUUCGUCGCCGUACGAUCAGCCUUUAAAACCAGCGUGUCGCCAAAGGGCAACGCACCAGCAUCUCUCCCUCGCAUCCUCGUCUCAUUCUCCCAGUCCCCCAUGUCAACUACCUUCGCUCCACCCAGACCAUUCAAGGUUAACAUUCCAGAUGAGGAAAUCGAACGUUUGAAGAUCGUUUUGAAGGCACAACGUCUGCCUCAAGAGGUCAUUCUACCAGGUGCAGACUUUGGCAUGGGCACCGAGUUAUCCUGGAUCCAGAAAGCCAAGCAGGAACUCGUCGACUUUGACUGGCGGGCCGCAGAAAAGGUCCUUAAUUCGUUCGACCAAUAUCUUGUCGAAUUGAAAACACAACGUGGGAUUCAUUUUGUACACCAAAAAAGCACGCACAAGAAUGCCAUUCCAAUACUCAUGCUGCAUGGAUGGGGAAGUACCGUCUCAGAGUUCAACAAGGUGAUCGAUCCUCUUGUCAACCCACCUGAAGGCGAGCAAGCAUUCCAUGUUGUCGCCCCAUCUCUGCCUGGAAUCGGGCUUUACAACUCAUUCUUUGCUCCCAAGCCAGCCGAUUUUGAUAUCGACCAGCUCCCUGAUUAUGAGAAGCAUCUGCUCGAGUUGGUUGGAAUUUUCACUUCUGUCGGAAUGGGUUACUUUGUUAUGCAAAGCACCAAGGUUUCGACAAUCGGUCUAACAUUAUACGAUAAUCCUCAAGGAUUCUUGUCCUAUCUCGAGCAUGCCAAAUUCAUGGAUGAGCUUUACGUCGUUGUUUGUUACUCACAAUUCACGAACACGAUUCACACCGGGAUGGCCAUGUACCAGUUGAACGGGAACAAGUACGGUCUCGAGGCUUGGGCGCAAAACCCGCAGGAUCAGUGCCCCUUUGGAGUGCAGCACUUUGAGGGUGAAUUCUACCUCAGCCCCCAGUCUUGGAUCAAGGAGCAGGGCCCACUCAUUUGGCACAAGUACCACGAUCGUGGAGGUCACUUUGCCGCCAUCGGUAAUCCAAAGGAAUUUGUUGAGGAUUGCCGCGAAUUUUAUGGAAAGUUCUAUUGGGAACAGCCGGGUGUUGAGGCUAAGUCGGCUUGA